AGAAUGUUAGUGGGUUGUGAAUAACCGACAAACGACUCGCCUGAGUAGUCUUAUUAUUUAAUUGCAUUUUCCAUUGAUAAAUCACCAUUUAAAUAGUUUCGAGGGCACUUUGAGAAUAUUUGGUGAUUCUUCGAAUUCCGCAUUUUCAAGGUUAAUGACCACACUCUAGUAGCUAUUUGUUUAUCGUACAGUCUUAUUUGACGAAAUAUUGUGAAAUCUCGUGAACAACUUUUAUCCAAGAUGACCGAUUAUGACAGCUUAUCGAAUGAGGAAUUGCGUGUUGAAUUGCUAAAAUACGGAUUUGCGAAUAUACCAGUGACAUCAACUACGCGGAAAGUCCUCGUUCGGAAAUUAAAGAAUCAUCUCGAGUCGGAAAAAUCCAAGACGCGUCGAGAUACGUUCCAUGUGACGAAAUACUCAUCGGGCGAAGAUGACGAUGGCUUAGUGGUAGAAGUUUCAAAGAAAAAGACUACUAAUCGAAGAGCUACAAUGGCUGCGCCCGAAAUGACCGUUUCUAAGAGGAAUGAAACAAAUGGUCGUGCAAGUCCAAGCAGAAAAAGCGUCAGUAAAAUUCCAACUGCAGUUGAAGAGAAAGAGGCAACUCGUAAAAGCAGCCGUAGAACGCCACAAAAAAUCUCGACUGAGUUUGAUUCGGUCGAGGAAACGGACGAAGAGGUGCAACUCAUUUCCGAUACACGUCGCAAAUCAAAAAGUCCGUCACUUUCAAAAACAAAGGUAGUGACAACAUCAUAUAAGAACCGAGCGCCUGUCAUUGUGGAGGCCGAAAUCGAUGAGCCAUUGUACGUGCCUGACGAUGACGAACAAGAUGAAGAAGACGAUGACUAUUUGCCGUUGACACAAAAGUUCCCUGCGUCCACACGAAAAGCUUCACCAGCAAGACCUGAUGUCAAGAAACGACAAACGAUUGCCCCAACAACGCUCGAGUCUACAUCGUACGUCUCGCCCAAAUUUAAUAGGCCAUCUUUAACAGCAUCAUACAAUUACAGCUCACCCAUAACGACUAGUAAUCGACGAACUACUCUAGCUACUGCCCCUGUGGCUGUUUCUUCCCAAAACGAUGAUGCUUUAAAUGACUCAUUUGAUGCGGACUAUACUUCGCCAUACCUGUCGGACUUCACACGUCGUCUAUCACGGUUAAAAGCGGAACCUUUAUCGCAGAAGAAACCUGUUGUCGCUGUCUCUCGAACCAACAAAGAUGUUUAUUAUCGGACCGGAAAUAUUGCACCAAGAGGAACUUCAUCUCAAAGUCCAGACACACUUAAAGGAUCCGUUCGUGAAGUUUUUCGCUCACUAUCGUCAUAUAAAAAAUUCUUCUUGUUCGUUUGUUUCUUGCUUUUGGUCAUUUUUGUCUUGGUCAUGUUUUACUUUUAACUUAAUCAACAUUUAAGAACAAAUAUUUUUUUAUGAUGAUUUUUAACAAAAAAAAAAAAAAAAACAUCGGAAAUUUUAUGACGCUAACAAACUCAACUAACCUCCACUAGGUGUAAUGUAAAGUUGAUUUAUUUUUUUUUUACUAAUGUUUAAACUUAAUCUUUGUUAAUUGAAGCAUUAUGAAAAUAAAGUUUAU